AUGACUGACACUUUUACGCACAAUCCACACGGGAACUGGUGCAUGAAUACACGACCCUGGACAAAUACACAGAUGGAAUCUUCACGACGUGGCGAGGCAGCUUCCAGAUGCGAGGUGGGAUGCUGGUGCGGGGGAGCUGGCCCCAAUGUCGCGCGAGCACCAAACGGCCUGACUCCACCUCGAUCCCCAGAGCAAGUCAACCUCAGCCGGACCCUCCUCUUCGCUGGCACCAGCCGCAAUUCGUGGACCAGCAAUGAUUCAACCAUCCCCAUCUCCGAUCCUCACGGAUGGAUAGUGCCAAAGCUCGAGGGCAGAAGAGGAAGGCCUCUGACAGCCCGGCCGGGGACACGCCGACGACGCCUGCACGGCGGAAGAUCACCCGAGCUUGUGAUUCGUGCAAAGAGUAUUACUUUACUACCUAGAUGCGCCAAACUGUCCCGGGCGUGCGAGUACACCGCACUGUAUACCAGAGGCACGCCCCCCUCUCCGCUGCCGGGGCCCGGGGCACCGCCCAGACAAGCAGCGCCAGGCGGCUCUCGUCGCGCCGGAAGCGAUCAUGGGACUUCGUUGAUCAAGCUCCCGGCUGCAGGGAAGUCACCGCAUGCGCAAUUGCGCCAGAAUCACAGGUCUCUUCCAGUGCUGUCUCCGCGAAGUAGUUCGCCCGAGCCCGAGGCAACCGACUUGGAGGGAAACUACCUUGGCCCGUCGUCGGGGAUAUCCUUCCUGACGAGGGUCUGGCGCCGUCUGAAACAGGAUGAUAUCUCCAUGACUCCCCGGAUCCCGGGAGACGAACCCUCCAAGAAUACGCCGGUUUUGAUGUUCGGCGACCGGCCUUUCGCGACGGAGGAUGACUGGAGGGCGCUGGAAAUGCCGCCAUUGGAAAGGGCCAUGAAACUCGUGGAGAUCUAUUUUGACUUUGCCGUAGUCACCUAUCGCUUCCUUCACAGAGGGAUAGCAGAGUCGCUUGUUCGAGCUGUAUACGAGAAAAAGAUCGCCCCGUCGAACCCUCCCCCGAGCCACUGGGCAGCGAAAGCAGCGAUUGUAUUCAUGAUAUUUGCCGUGAGUACCCUGCGCGAAGAACAGUUUAAAAGAAAUGACGAGGUUCACGCGCGCAAUGAAAGACCCAGGUUGUUGGAUGACGAGGACAUCGACCAGGAUCUGCCUGACGAGGUGAACGACGAAGUAAUGUCUCUCGAAGCUCCGAGGCAGAAGACGGAAUCAACGGACUGCAUGAUGAUCGCAUCGGUCCUGCAUUACAGGUAUCCUAGGCUCGGCCACAUACUCGGCGAAAUCUCACGCCGGGUGUAUCCCACCAAAGCAUCUUCCACCGUGGCGCCAUUGGAGGCUGCGAUCGACCUUACAGCAGAGCUUCAGAAGUGGAAGGAGAGCGUACAUCCCCUCUUCAGCAGCGUCCGGCCGUCGAGUCUGAUCCCGCCUCUCUGUCGGCAGAGUCACGUCUUACAGCUGGCAUAUUCUCAUGCGAUGAUCCAUGCGACGCGUCCGUUCCUUCUCAAUGAUUUCACGGACCUGAGUCGACGACCAGUCGUGGCACAUGACUUGAUUACCACCCACGUGCAGAAAUGCAUCGACGCGGCCAAGAACGUGAUGAUGAUGGUGGAUAAUUUCGCCCGCCAAGGAAUGAUGCUCGAGUCGUUUUGGUUCACGCACUAUGUUUGUUUCUGUGCCAUCAUCGUGGCGUAUAUCUACACCAUCCAGCAGCACCAGUCAUCCCGGGACUCGAACUCUCCCAGUGUAUCCAGCAGUGCUGGUGAAGCGCAAGAUAUAUUCCGUCUUGCAGAAACCUGUCAGCAACAUCUCGCCCGGGCGACACGGAGGAACUGCCCAAGCCGACGGUACAGCAUUAUUCUCGAAGAGCUGCGACUCGAAGUCCACCGACAGAUUGGGUCCAAUGUGCAGCCAGCAAGUGAUACCCGCAGGCCCGAUAACGAGGUUCCAGAGCGCAUUCCUACGGAGUUCAAUAACCCUAAGGAGGGAACGGGGAUCAAUCAACCUGCGAUGACGUCCGACUCCAUGAACUACGGGCCGUUUCUAGCUAACCUGCCAGCAGCAACGAACCUCGAAGCUAACCAUGACAUUGGCGAUGACUUUAACUUCCUUGAAAGUUUGGAGGGAUCUGCUUGGUGGACUCAACUCGACUCGUGGGGUGGUCAGAGGAAGAGAUAG